AUGACCAAAUCUUACAGCGAGAGCGGGCUGAUGGGCGAGCCUCAGCCCCAAGGUCCUCCAAGCUGGACAGAUGAAUGUCUCAGUUCUCAAGACGAAGAACACGAGGCAGACAAGAAGGAGGACGACCUGGAAGCCAUGAAUGCCGAGGAGGACUCCCUGAGGAACGGGGGAGAGGAGGAGGAGGAAGAUGAAGACCUGGAAGAGGAGGAAGAAGAGGAAGAGGAAGAUGAUGAUCAAAAGCCCAAGAGACGCGGUCCCAAAAAGAAGAAGAUGACCAAGGCGCGCCUGGAGCGUUUUAAAUUGAGGCGCAUGAAGGCCAACGCCCGGGAGCGGAACCGCAUGCAUGGACUGAACGCGGCUCUGGACAACCUGCGCAAGGUGGUGCCCUGCUACUCCAAGACGCAGAAGCUCUCCAAAAUCGAGACAUUGCGCUUGGCCAAAAACUACAUUUGGGCUCUGUCGGAGAUCCUGCGCUCAGGCAAAAGCCCUGACCUGGUCUCCUUCGUACAGACUCUCUGCAAAGGCUUGUCCCAGCCCACCACCAACCUGGUUGCAGGCUGCCUGCAGCUCAACCCUCGGACUUUUCUGCCAGAACAGAACCAGGAUAUGCCUCCGCACCUGCCGACGGCCAGCGCUUCCUUCCCAGUGCACCCCUAUUCCUACCAGUCUCCGGGGUUGCCCAGUCCGCCCUACGGUACCAUGGACAGCUCCCAUGUCUUCCACGUCAAGCCGCCACCGCACGCCUACAGCGCAGCGCUGGAGCCGUUCUUUGAAAGCCCCCUGACUGAUUGCACCAGCCCUUCCUUUGAUGGACCUCUCAGUCCGCCGCUCAGCAUCAAUGGCAACUUCUCUUUCAAACACGAACCAUCCGCCGAGUUUGAAAAAAAUUAUGCCUUUACCAUGCACUAUCCUGCAGCGACCCUGGCAGGGGCCCAAAGCCACGGAUCAAUCUUCUCGGGAGCUGCUGCCCCUCGCUGCGAGAUCCCCAUAGACAAUAUUAUGUCUUUCGAUAGCCAUUCACAUCAUGAGCGAGUCAUGAGUGCCCAGCUCAAUGCCAUCUUUCACGAUUAG